AUGGAAUCCUACAAAAAUCGACUUCCAUUAAAAACAGUCAAACUUUUCAUGUUUCAAAUUUUUCGCGCUUUGGAGUUCUGUCACGCUAGACGUAUUCUCCAUCGGGAUCUAAAACCGCAAAACCUGUUGAUAACGAAACAGCAGGAGCUGAAGCUGGCCGAUUUCGGACUUGCUCGGGCCAAAUCAAUUCCCACAAAAACGUAUUCCAGCGAAGUGGCCACUUUGUGGUAUAGACCCCCGGAUGUGCUUCUAGGGGACCGCAAUUAUUCCGGUCAUAUUGACGUUUGGGGAGCCGGGUGUAUAUUCUACGAAAUGGCCGUGGGACGAACUCCGUUUCCUGGAGAAUCAAAGGAUAAUCAGAUCCAACUUAUUUUUCAAAAACUGGGAAUUCCACCAGAAGCGUACUGGCCUGGACUAAGGGAGAAUGAGAAAUUCCAACAACUCGUAUUGACCAACACGCCAAAUAUAACUCUUUCAUCCUCACAGUUCAACUCAUCCGUCUCAAAGACAGUCACCAAGGAACCAGACGAGACGGCUGAAAUACAAGCUUAUACCAGCCACCUUCGAGGAACUUUGACCGAACGAGUGACCAGUUUAGAUAAAACUGGGAUCGAUCUGCUCACCCAAUGUCUCCAUUUACUUGGUAGUCGACGCAUAACCGCUGAAGACGCUUUAACACACCCUUAUUUUGAUGGCAUACUCCCCAAAGGUAUACGUGUUCAACAACUCAGUCCAGAACAAUCUGUGAUAGUCAAUCCAGAUGAAUUAUCACAAAUUGGAACGAACAAAUCCAAAAAGGAACCCAGUUAUAAUAAUUUUAUGCUCAAGAAACAGCUGGCGGCUAGCAUGGAUGAUGUUCGUAUUGCUUCUAGUCUCAAAAGCCGAGGUGCCUAUGAUGAAGGCUAUGUAUUGCAGCCACCAAUAAAAUCAAAAAGUCGGAGCUCGCACUGUAUGUUUUCUCAGAUGAAUUCUGACAAUCCGAUUGAUGAAACCCAAAUAAAAAGCAAGCCUGCGCGAGGUAGUUCUUUUAAUGAAACCGCAAAGGAUUUACCCGAAACUGGCAGAGAUCUAGCCUUUCGUCCGCGUCCAAGUCUAAUAGUCGACGCGUUAAAUUCGAAGUUGUUGGUUACGAUGUUUCGACGUACCGGAAUGAAAAUCCAGCUACACACACCCGCGAUUCGUACGCCUCUUUCAAUGGAGACACGCAUGGUUUCAAUGAAAUACGGGAACUACCGCAGCUUUCGAGUUCAUCCGUUUCAUCUUCUGUGUGGCCCGUCGUGA